GUAUCCCCUAUGCUACAUCAUUCGAGAAACGCCCUCGGCUGGGCCACCUCCGCGAUUGCAAGUAAAAGCUUUCCCGAGUGGUUCAGUAGCUCGACGGGGAUACGCCCACCCAAGAGAUGGUGAUAGCUCCCGCAGGUAGAGGAAGGGGAGACAAUAGAGAGUACGCCCCCAGUUGAUGGCUUUUCGGACUAGGAGGAAAACAUCCGCCUUCACAUUAACGAGUGGUCUCCGCGAGUGCCUGGCUGCGUCAGCCAUCCCAUUUGGCAUGCGCCAAUGGGAUAUGAAUGGAAGGCUGGAGUUAGUACUCCAGCCUUUUCAAGAGGAGGACCUUUGGGGUGGCAAGGACGUUCAAUGGAUGAUGAAGUUGGCGCUCGCAGGCAAUCAUAGUCUGGCGGAGGAGGUAAGAACGAUAGAGGAAGGUCCAAACCGGGUAAGGAGGCACGAGGAGUUGAUGGGAGGAAUGUACCUCCUCGUUAACACACUUUUGCGGGAACCCUCUGAUCUGAUAGGCUCGUUAAACCCGGCUGAAAGGGGGGAUGUUGUGCCAGAAAGCCAGGAUGACGAGUUUGAAGAGAAAGAAAUCAAAGAAGCUUCCCGUGCAGAGGAGUAUGAUGGAAUCUAUCUGGAACUGGGACUCCUCUUAUCGUGCAAAAUGCGGGAUAGGGAUGCAAGUGAUAGGGCCCAACGGAUGAGGCAGCGCUAUCUGGUAAGGGAUGGCCAUCUUUUUGUAAAGAGGCAAGUGAGAAAUCCCAGGAGGGUCAUAUGUAGCAGGAACCGUCAGAUUGAUGUUGUAGCUGCGCUUCAUGAUGGCAUUGCGGAAGGACACCGAGGAGUUGAUCCCACAUAUGCCAAGAUAAGUGAGCUAUACUAUUGGGAUGGGAUGAUGGAGAUGGUCGACUUUGCUAUGCAAGCUUAUCGAAAGCCUCUUUACGGAGAUCGUUUUCUCGAGGUUUCCUACAUCUACUCUGGUUGGAGAGGACGUAUUGAGAUAUUGAUUGGAGCUUCAGGCGAUAUCAUUCUUGCGGAGGAGCUUUAUCUCAGGAGCGUCGUAGACGAGGAGAUGGCUAGAUGCAUGGCCUAUAUCUGCAAGAUUGAUCCAGCAGCGCCUCUCGACAUCAGCUACGUGGUUCCAGAGUCGAUAGCCACGCGAGUUCUCAAUGACGAGGCGCCAUAUAUGGAGUCCCAGACGACAGCAUUUACUCACGAGGGGGUACCGCUUAUUAUCAUUGAUUGAGUCAUGGCCAUUCUUCUAGUCCCAAAGCCCCACAACUUGCCCCAUGCUGAAAGAAAAUGAAGUGUUAAAUUUCUG